UUACUAUUUCUUCCCCACUCUACUAUUUUUUCCCAUCACCCCGGGGGUUGCUAGGAGUAUUUUCGAGUGCAGUCAUAGAAGUUUGUGGGUGUGAUUAUAACAUGUCUUUUUCUUGAAAUCUUUAACGUUAUCCUUUAUUCAUAUUAACAAUGUUAAACAUGUUAUCCUCGCUGAUUUCUUUAUGGCGUCAUUGCGUCAAUAUUAAUGAAGAAGAAAAUAAACAAGAAAAGGAAAGUAUGUAUUCGCAAAGCUAUCCUACGAACUGUACAGGCCUACAUGUCGAAGAAUGGGAAAUGUGUUGCUUGUUGGAAGCAGAAUUUACAUCACAAAUACAUAUGAUUAUGGCAUUUGGCACUCAGUCAGCUUUAAUAAAGAAUAAGGAUGAUAUGGUAUAUAGUAUGGGUGUCAAUGUUCAUGGUAUAUUGGGAUUAUCAGAGAAUCUUGCUAAUGACAGAAAACCAGAAAAACCAGAAAAAGUAGAUGCAUUGUGUGUAAAAAUAUAAAAACCUUUUAUAGUAGUACUGAUGCAAAAUGUAUCUUUGCACUUACGGAAGAGGGAGAGGUAUAUUCCUGGGGUUAUAAUGACAACUGUAGAUUGGGAAAAUUGGAUUCACUUGCAACCACAUACCUUCCUGCUAAAAUGGAUAGUUUAAGAGGGAAACGCAUUAUAGAUAUUGCAAGCAACAAUUACAAUUCUCUUGCUUUGACAGACAGCGGAAAAAUAUAUGUCUGGGGAAGCGUUAACUUUACAAAGAAAAGCUUACCAGAUCAAUGUCAAGUGAACCCAUGUCAAGUGACAGGAUUGAAAAAGAUGAAAAUUAUUCAGAUUGCUUGUGAUAUGUCGUUCGUAAUGGCACUUACCAAUGAUGGUAAAUUGUAUAGUUGGGGUACAAACACUUAUGGCCAAUUAGGGAUAAGCUCAGAAAACGACUUGUAUCCAUGUUUAAUAACUUCAUUGGAAAAUGUCCACAUAGAUAAAAUAGUUUGUGGAUCGGAGCAUUCAUUGGCUCUCACUUCCAAGGGACAUAUAUACUCAUGGGGUAGUAACCACGAAGGACAGUUAGGAUACGAUAGAGAAUGUUCCGUAAAAAAGGAACCUACUAAGUUGAAAUGGACUGCAAAUGGAAAAACAAUGGGAAUUAUAUCCGACAUUGCCGCUCAACAUAAAGUGAGUGCAGCCGUCAACAAGCUCGGAAGUGUAUAUGUAUGGGGUCAUUCUCACUUGCUUAUUUGGAAACCUAUUAGAAUUGAAUGUUCGAAUAUACAUAACAUAUUCAAAUAUGAAAUGCCACACAUCAUUUAUCAUGGUAUAAGAGAAAGAUCAAACUUAUUGAAACAUCUGGAAACAAUAUUCGAUGAUCAGUCGACGAGCGAUUUUACAAUAGAAGUCGAGGGAAAACAUAUUCACGUUCAUAAAGCUAUUCUGAUUCGUUGUGAUUAUUUUAAAAACAUGCUUCAACAUGAUUGGAGAGAAGCUAGGGAAAAGAGACAUUCGAUAUAUAGAUUGGAAAAAGCAUUGAGAAACAUAUGCGUAACGUACACGCCGUUUAAAAUGGAUGUGAAGGAUCGAUUUAAUUUCAAAUUACAGAUCAGACAUAUUGUAUGCAACAGUUACAUUUGUCUUGCUUUGACAUUCGAUGGAGAAAUAUAUACUUGGGGAGACAUUAAGAAUAGAUCAAGAAUUUAUUACGGUACACCAAAUCGAGUACAAAUCGAAUACAAAAUGGAAAAGGAGAUUGUCCAUAUUGCUUGUGGUUCAUCUUUCGUCAUGGCACUUAGCAAAGAUGGUAAAUUGUAUAGUUGGGGCGUAAAUGUUUAUGGCCAAUUAGGAAUAAACUCAACAGGGGACCAUCCAUGUGACGAUCCAUGUUUAAUCACUUCAUUGAGAGAUGUCACAAUAGUUAAAGUAGUUUGUGGAUUGGAGCAUUCAUUGGCGCUCAAUUCUGAGGGAAAAAUCUAUUCGUGGGGUAGUAACAGUAAAGGACAGUUAGGACAUGGUAAAAAGACAGAACGGGAAAUAAAACCUGUUAUGUUGUAUGUGCCUGUAAUGGGACAGAUAUCCGACAUUGCCGCUCAAGAUGAUAAAAGUGUCGCCAUUAACAAGAUUGGACAUGUCUAUGUAUGGGGUCAUCCUUUUUGUUACCAAAUAAUUUGGAAGCCUGUUAGAACCCAAUAUUCCAACAUAUAUGACAUAUUCAAAUAUAAAAUACCACACAUCAUUCAUGAUAGUACAAACGAAAAAUCAAACAUAUUGGAAUACCUGAGAGCAGCAUUCAACGAUCUUUCGACAAGCGAUCUUACGAUAAAAAUUGGGGAACAACUUCUCUACGUUCACAGAACUAUUCUGAAAAUUCGUUGUGAGUACUUUAGAAAACUGUUCCAAAAUAAUUGGGCAGAAAAUAAUCAAAGUAUCAUUGAGCACGAUCAAUUCUCCUACAAUGUGUAUAAAGCUUUCUUGAAAUAUUUAUAUACCGAUAUGGUCGAUUACUUAACUUUGGAGGAAUCAUUCGAACUCUUAGAGUUAUGUGAUGAGUAUAAUGAGACAAAGCUUGAAGAAAAAUGCAUUGAAAUAAUAAGCGAAAAUAUUACUGUGUCAAAUGUAGCUCUUUGUUAUGCAAAAGCAAUUGAAAAUAAUGUAAAGGGUUUAGAGGAAUUUUGCUUUCAAUUUGCAUUGAGUCAGAUGACUGAUGUGAUACUAUCGGAAACUUUCACCGAAUUAAAUGAAAGUCUGAAACUUGAUUUUAUGAUUAAAGCAGCCAAAGUUGGUGCCUAUAAAACAUAAAUUGUUCAU